AUGGUGUUUGGAAUAGCCUGCAUUCCAUGUUUCAAGAACAGAGCCAAGCACGUUUCAAUCUACUCCAAAAUGAGAUUCAAUCACUCGAAUAGGUACGGGGUCAAUUUCAAAUUACCUAAAUCGGAUCAAGCAUCUCGCAGACUCGUUGGCUGCCAUAGACCAUUCAAUGGCCUUGGCAAGGAAUAUGACUCCUUCAUCGUGAUGAUGGAAAACCGGCAGCCAUCACCCACCUUUGUUGAACUCAGGUCACGCCUAUUCAAUCAUGAACAACACUUGAAGUGCUCAUCUCGCUCUAUGCAAACUACUCCUUCCAUGGGUGAUACAACUCUUGUUACUACCUAUACAGCACAUUGGCAUCAAAAUUCCCCGAGGUCGUGGACGUGA